AUGGAUGCUAAAGGUGCCUUCGAGUCCAUAGAUGCUAAAGAAAUAUCCGUUCCGUCAAGUCCUUCAAAGGAACAAGAGAUAUUUCAUCAUAAUUAUAUUGAAGAUCCCGAGUAUUUCGAGAAAUUAAUAGAUAAUGUGGAUUUAACCUACAUCAGAGGAGAGGAUGAUCUUACGCCACCACGCCCAAAGUCUGAAUUUCCGGUAGUUAAUAGUUGGGACUCCUUCGAGAUUGAUGACAUUGACAUUAUAAAAGUUUUUAAUUCUCUUCGAAAUUCGAAUUUGCCAAGAAAGAAUCCCGAGGUUCAGCAAUCCGCCAUAUUGGGGAUUCUUGGUCUGACUAGGCAGCACAAACUGACAAAAAAUAAGCUUAUCACAAUAUGGAGUGAUUUAUUAAACGAUUUCCAAUUAGACGUAGUGUGGAAUAUGAUAGAACUUGACCGAUCUGAAAUAGAAGUUUUUGAUAAUAUGAAGGUAAUGAUAGAUUUACCAAACGCUUCCUAUAUUAUAUUGAGUGCCCAUCUCAAAAUAUUGAAAUCGUACUUUGAACAUUCUAAAUUACCUAUAAAUGAAGGAGAGCUCAUGAUUCGAUUUGUAGCCCCGCUUUUAACACAGGAGUCCGAACAACAAUUAACUGCAAGCCGGGAAAGGCGUAAGGAAGCUAACAAAGAACGAGCACGUAUCGGGCAAAAAACCGACAUUAUUAUCGAAUUACUGACAGGCCCUGCUUUGAUAUGCGAAGUUUCGGGAGGUCUUCCGGCGGGGUGUCCGAAAAAGAUUUGGACUGAUAAAGUUGAUGGUCGGCAUGAGGGAUAUGAUUAA